AUGCAAUCUCACUCGCGAAGUCAUCUCCAACCUGGAUUCUUCAACCACCAUGAAGUGCUCAAAUUAUCCGCUUCGCUUGUCUCGGAAAACCCGCCGUCUGCUGAACAGCUCCACCUCUGGUCUCAUCACCAGCCAUCCCUUACUGUUGGAGAUUAUACUCUCGAUGUCGUUCAGGAUGUCACUUUGCCAACUGGACAAACUGUCUCUCUUCAAACGCCAUCUCAGGCGCUUCGUGUCUCAAAGCCCAAGUUUCGGCUGACAGAUCCAACUGAUCUGUAUAGCGUCCAUCCUGCACCCGGCCAUAGCGCUUAUGCGAGGACGUUGGCUAAUGUCGUCUUCAAUCAUCCAAUGAUACCAUGGGAAAGGGAUAUCCUGCCUGGGAAGGGUGUCGGAUUCAACAAAUUGCCUUCAAUGGCUGUCUUGACCUUCUCAGAGGAAGAGUUUGUGUUGGAUCCAGACGCUUGGAGGGGCUUUGGCUUCACAGAAGAGUCCGAAAAGCCGACUGAGUAUGGGUCUAUUGCUACGAAAGCAUCAAGACUCAUCGACCCUACUUGUACCAUUAAAUCAACCUUGAACGCUCUGGGAUCAAAUACAGACUUCGAACCAGAAGAUGAGUUAAGUCUGCUCUUACUGGACUCAAAGGUCUUUAAGGACAUCUUCACAGCCUAUGGAGAAGAUAACAAGCCAGGAUGGACUGGUCAAGCUAGUUUAUCAAAGUUUGCUUUCAUGACCUCAGCACAAGAGAGCGCCAGUGGUUUUACCGCAGGCUUAUUCUCAGGCGAUAGUAAGCAAGGUCUUAAGCCACACUUUUCUGUUAUUGUCAGUGCUCGGACAGGGCCUCUGGGCAAGACGUCACCUGUUCGAGUAGUCUCUCACCUGAUUUCUCUGGAAGAUGUCGACAAGAUCAGCGUCUCACCCGAUGAUACCUCUGGUCAACCAGUGGGUUUGGUUUCUCUGCAUGCCUGGGAAUGGAUGUGCGUACCAGAAGAUUCAGCAGACUUUGGUCACGUCCUGACUGAGCUGGGCCAGCAUAUUAGCCCUCUCAAAGGCCCCUUCGAUCCUAGGGGAAAGGAAGGAGAGGAACUGCCAAGUGAGGCUGUCUCAUGGUUGAAAGGUAUAUCUGACGCGGGGUACGUCCUCAAACCACAUACGGCCAUAACAGGAGAAAAGACCAGGGUGCUCUUGAGAGGUCCAUUGAUCCCUGUCAAACCAGAUAUGAACUCAGUAGAGGCAUUUUCACUUAAUGGCGAAGGCAUGAGUUUUGUCGAUGAAAUAACGGGUAUACCAGACGCUUCUUACAAGUCGGCAUGGACUCUAGGAAGAUCUAUGAUGAUGGCUGAUCGAUCAUUGAGUGCAAGCCUGCUGCGUCUCAGAGGUAGCAUCCACGCCGAGGCUAUUCGUCUAGCAAAAGCAAAGGCGAUUCAGAAUCAAGGAUAUCGAGCUCUCAGCAGCAAAGAGUCCUUUCUCUCCGGCUUACAAGACACAAUCAAAAAUCUAGAAAAGGCACAAGACGUAAGUGGUCUUGGCAACAAGCCUAUUGCAAGUCGCUGGACACGCACGGAGCCAGAAAUCGCUAGGUUUCCUCUCAACGGUCUGAACAACGAUACUGCAUUCACCAUCGCAGAGUAUGACGGCUAUGUCGAACAGGUGGGCCUGCACAUGUUUGGUUAUGAGACUCAAGAUCCAGACGGCAAAGCUGUUCCACCACGUAUCAUUGAUGCCGAUGCAGCUGCAGUUCGCGCCUGGGCCAUUGACCGUUUUCUUCUCGCUGGUAUCCCAAUGCAUUAUCUGCUUCUUAGUCCAGAAAUGCUACCGUUGGAAUCUAUUCGGACGUUUUGUGUCGAUAGCAACUGGAUCAACUUCCUGGUGGACGGUAGCCUCAGCCUCGCAAAUCACUUCGCUCGUGAUGAUGAUGCUGUCCGGCGUGUCAUCAAGAAGUGUAUCAAUAAGUACCUGUCGACCUCUACCAAUGGUGGGACCAUACCUCAACUGCCACGAUGGGGAUUUAUGAUGCGAAGUGCUGCUGUCAGUGCAUUUCCUGACCUCAGAGUUGAAGCACCACUACCUCCUGACGCGCCCAGCGAUGCUCGUGAGGUGCUCUUUAUGCAAAGAUUGGCCGACGAUGUCCUAGUCUGUCUCUUUGAUAGACUUCCUGGCGAGCGUGAGCUUGACCGUAUUGUCAUCUCCCAGCCUCAUCAUCAACAGGGUUUCUCACUGGGCACGACCAUUGAUGAAACCAAGCUCACGGUGUGGCACCGCGCAGUGCCUAAGUAUGUUGGUCAAACCGUUGGACUGCCGGUUUCUCAGACUUUCAAGGCUGACGGUCCAAUUGAUGGAUUCGACUUCAAAGCUCGAAUGCUCCGUCCAGAUGCUUAUAUGGAAGCAUAUUGUGAAUCCAUUCAAAACGACCAAGGUGCAUUCACGGACGAGGAUCGAUUGCGACCAUCAUCACUGCUUGCUACUCAGCUCAGAAAUGCUCAUUUGCGGCUGCAGUUAGACGUCGAGACAAGCGUUGAGGGCGAUGAACAGACAGAUGCAUCGGAUCGAUGGACGAAGCCCGCAAUCCAGCUCUCGGAGGGUUCGAGACCAGAACCAAGUUUAGGUGGCGUAGCUGGUCAAGACGAGUGUCAGUCUGAAAAGUCUGGUACCGUUGUCAGAGCUCCUCCUAGAACCGAUAUCGGACUACCAACCAGCCCAAGAAUCCAGAUCACUAACUCGGCCUCUUUAGUUACCAUUGAUCCAGAUAUGAGUCCUUGGGAGGUUUACCAACAAACAUCCAGCAACCUACUUCCCUACUACGCCACACCGCAGAAUGUCUCUUGCUGUCUAUCCUACGAACCAGGCAACGCCAGCAACUACAUAUAUGCUACAGAGACACCAGUCGAUGUAAUCUUUAAUCUCAGCGCAAACGAAUCAAGUGGCCUUCCCCAGGAGGUUGAAAUUCGAAUCCCCAUCGCUCUCGACUCUGGACUAUACCCUGCUCCGGUCAAAGACGGCUCCAGAGGAGUCUUUGUGAUUACUGGUACUGCUAGUCAACCAAUGCUUCCUGUCCUUGAAAGCCUAGAUUCUAGUCGGCGGUGGUCUUACGAGUGCACGCUCGCAACCUCGAGCCUUUACUCCUUCGUACCGGAAGCUUUACCAGAAGAAGGAGAUCUUAUACCCAUUGAAAGUGAGAAGUCAGUUAUGCUUAUCAUCAAACUCAAGCCACGUUUCGGGGGCGCGUUUCCUGGCAACGCAUCAGCGUUCGAGACUUCUUUCAUUCUUCGGCGUAUGACCUUUCUUCUUCCGACUGAGGGAACCCCUAAUGACCCAAAGGUAACGCCUUCAAGGACUGCAAGAUUUGAUACCCUAUGGCAAUCAAGUAAGCCUGGCAUAGCCAAGAGUGUUCGUACCACACAAUUGACAAUCCUGCCGGCGGUCAUGAUCAACUUUAAGAAGACAACCCGGUUCAGGUUGGGAAAUUGCUUCAACCUUGAGUUCACCCUAUCUAGGAUACCCCCUAGAAAUUCCCGCUGUCAUCUUCACGUCAAGCCGCAGACUUGCCAGCCACCAUUCACCGAGACAUUUAGCCUCAUACACUCAACACUGAUGCCCGAUGGAGGCUACGAGUGCAGUGGAUUCUGUAGCGUUGACCUCAGUCGCUUCGAAGACAGGGGUCUUGUCCCUUUGGAAUUGAGGAUCGAUAUCAUGGAUCAUAAAUUCGACCAUUUACUCGGCCCUGGAUCCGAGCCAUUCGUUUUUCCACGGGUGCCUGGCAUCCAUACCGUAAGAGGUUCUAUGUCUUACUACUGGGGUGACGACAAGCAUCUCUCGAUAAUAUGGCCACCCUACAAGGGCUUUGAGACCAAUUUGAAACGCAAGUUCUUUAUCUCGAACAGGAAAGAACUAGAUCCAGAACCCGAAGUACCAUAUUUCUCUUGCGAAAUGGACGAUAAGAGCGGUAUCAUCCGCAUAUGGCCGACAGAUUAUAGCAAAUAUGGAGAUCCAGAAAAUGGCCUUGACAUCGAAUAUUCCCUUGAAACAACUAGCAGCUUGAUAGAGCAACCAAUAAAUCGGGGGUUAGCACAUCUCAGUGUAAGGCCAAAAAUGGGGCAGGAAGAAAUGCCCAAUAAAUGGAGUGGACCACCAGCAGUUCCAAUGCCCGGUAGCCGAUUGGCAACUAUUUGUUACUGCGACAAUACGGGGGUUACUGGGACUCAGGUAUGGUACUGGGAUAAGAGCAGCCAAAGACUUCAGGGCUUCCAGUACACUGGCAAGUCUGUCACACAGUACAAUCCGAACGGUCCUAGGAUUGAGGAUUCUCUCAAUCCAGAGAUCACAGGAGCGGGAGCAAUUGCUAUAGUUCAAACACACCAGGAUAAUCGAUUUAAGAUCAUAUGGAUCGGGAGCGACGGCAGCGUCAACGCGUGGUCACGAAGAGAACAGACUUCAAGUUGGUCUUCAUAUGGCGAUGCCAGCGUUGUCGCUCCUGCAGGAAGCGCUUCAACUCACGGAGGGGGUUGUUUGGCCGUAUGCGGUGAGACACCCACUAAAGAGUUUAGAAAGCAUCGCGAUCCUAUCAUCUGGUGGCUAGGUCCACGAGGAGAGGUCUUUGGACGACGACUUGUAGGAGAUUCAGAGCAUUGGGUAGAUGUUGGGCCUAAGGCUUCUCAUCCAGCAGGCAGUGUUGAUGUCUCCCAGUCGUUGAAAAGGCCAGCUCAGAUAGCGACUGCAUGGAGUUACGACUCAGAAACGAACCAUAGGUCGUAUCUCUUCUGGGUCCGUUCUAAUGGAGACAUGAUGACAACGUGCUUGCAUGAUGACAAUCCUGGUCAAACAGCCGUUGCGUACCAGAAUAUCGACGCAGCACCCGGCACCUCUCUGACGGCGUUUAUUGGAGCUGGCCGACAAAGUCCUGACAAGGUCAAGGUGUAUGUGCUCUGGAUAUCAGCUGACUUGUCUGUCUGUCUCGGAUGUCGAACCGGUCUCCCAGAUGAUACGCGGUAUCCUAACGGGUCGGACCAGAUCGUCAGAAUCUGCUCGCCAGGUUGUGCGAAUCCAUUGUCGGAUCUGUGCUUUAUAGGUCAUACAAGUGUAAAUGCAGCAGCAGUGGUCUGGGCUGAUCCUAAUGGAAAGUUACAGGUUGCGUGGGCUGAAUCGAGUCAGACAAACCCUCAAUCUGAACAGAAUGAAUGGUUAACCUGGGGUUGGAAAGAGUGGCCGAGCUUUGUGACAGGCGGUCAGAUUCCUGUUAUUGUAACAGCUAAAGACCUAAACAGUAUUAGCUACAAUCAGUUUUCUACUCUUACCCUCACUCUUGUGGCACUAGGAUCCGCUGCCGCGGAUACCUAUUCCUGUAAAGGGAGCUCACAGUGUAACAACAACCUGCUUCCCUUUUUCCAGGCCGCCUGGAAUAGAAUUGAUAAUACUUAUAUCUACCGUGCUGGCGGGAAGGACAGUGGUGUCUGUGCCUCGACCCUGGCGGGUUUAGGUGCUGGUAUAUUUGUUAAGGGCAAUGGCUGUACAGCUACAGGAGGUGUCCUGAAGCAAUUCUACACCGAGAGAAGCAAUUCUACACCGAGAUCCGCAGCCAUGGAUGUAAAGUUUGUGGCUCUGUAG